UAAUCCAUUGGCAUAGUCACGUGACCUUAGAGAGCAACAACAAAACUAUCAAACAGUUACCCUAAAAAUUAAAUAGAAAUCAACAAAAAUGCCGCGUGAGGCAAAACAAGAUUACUGGAUAAGUGAGAGCACCAAGGAUCAGAAGUUCGAAGACUAUUACACACAGUUGACAGAGCUCGGGCGUGGUGCAACAUCUGUGGUGUACAAAUGUGAGCAUAAGGGAACCACCAAGAAAUGGGCCGUCAAAAUCAUCCACAAAAGGGUGGACAAGAAAGUGAUCAAUACAGAGAUCGGAAUCCUGCUAAAACUCAAUCAUAAAAAUGUGAUUCGGUUAAAGGAGAUAUUUGAGACACCUACAGAUAUCUAUCUUGUCUUGGAACUGGUAAAAGGAGGUGAACUCUUUGACAGAAUUGUGAGCCGAGGCUACUACUCGGAGAAGGACGCGUCCACGGCAGUCAGACAAAUGUUGGUGGCAGUGCAGUAUCUCCAUGAAAAUGAAGUUGUGCACAGAGAUUUAAAGCCUGAAAACCUCCUGUAUGAAGAUCUUACUGAUGAGUCAAAUUUGAAAGUUGCUGACUUCGGUCUCUCCAAGAUAAUAGACAGAGAGGUGACCAUGAACACUGUCUGUGGGACCCCCGGCUACUGUGCUCCUGAGGUGUUGGCCGGCAAGCGUUACUCGUACCCUGUGGACAUGUGGAGCAUCGGUGUGAUCACUUAUAUCCUAUUAUGUGGUUAUGAGCCAUUUUACAGUGGUGAAAAUGAGGCAGAGAUGUACAAGAAAAUUCUGAAAGCAGACUACAAAUUUGAACCACCCUUUUGGAACAAUAUCAGUGAAAAUGCCAAAGACUUUGUGAGGCGUAUGUUACAGUUAGAUCCCAAGAAACGUCUGACCGAGAGUCAGGCUCUAAAUCACCCCUGGGUGAAGGGCGUGGCCGCAAAGAGUGAACACAUGCCAGAGACACACAACAAGAUUAAGGAAUUCAACGCCACUCGUAAAAUGAAGAACCAAGAAAUAAUUUCGCCACAGGUUAGGCAAUAACAGAUGCCACUCUCCUGGCGUCUAGAGCGGCCCGGAUCACCAGCAUCUUGAACCAGAAACAGUCUAUGAGUGACGUAUCAAUAAAGUCUGUCCACGAACCAAUGGAACACUAGAGAUUUGUCACAUGAUCAGUCACAUGACUGACUCACCUGUGAUCUUAUUGCAUUCUGAUUCAGACUUUAUUUUUGAAAAAUGUACAAUUCUAUUUAUGUCUUGUCUGUGAUAAUAUUGUGAAUAAACAUUUUGUAUCUGA